AUGAGACACAAUCAUCUGGUGUGUCAGACACCUCCCACUGUCACUGUUCAUGCAAAACUGAGUGCAUACAGAUCACAUCAGCAAAAAAAACUCAUUAGACUAAAGCGGCCCGCUUUUAAAGACCAUGAAGAAAACUAUGAAAAGAAAGUUCCUAGCCAUAAAUAUCAGUGUCCAAAGGCACCACGUCUAGUUAUUCAUCGCCCGGAAAUGACAGCUUUCUUUAAAUUAUUUGAUGACGAUCUAAUCCAAGACUUCCUUUGGAUGGACUGUUGCUGUAAAAUUGCAGACAAGUAUCUCUUGGCAAUGACUUUCAUUUAUUUCAAGAGGGCUAACUUCACAAUUAAUGAGCAUACAAGAAUCAACUUCUUCGUCGCUCUGUAUCUGGCAAAUACAGUUGAAGAAGACGAUGAAGAAUCAAAGUACGACAUUUUUCCAUGGGCUUUGGGAAAAGCCUGGAGAAAGCUCUUCCCUGAUUUCUUAAAGUUAAGAGAUCAGCUAUGGAGCAGAAUUGACUACAGGGCUAUUGUAAGCAGACGCUGCUGUGAAGAGGUGAUGGCUAUUGCUCCAACGCACUACAUAUGGCAGCGAGAACGUUCCGUGCACCACAGUGGAGCUGUGAGAAACUACGACGAUCAAGUACAGCUGCCCCGAGGGCCUAGUGCUACUCCUGCAGACUGCUUGCUUUGUGGCAAGAAAGGAAGAUUUGUACGACUAGGAUUAUCAUCAUCUUCCUCCUCAUCUACUGGCACUUUGGAUAUGAUGGAAUUACCUUCAUCCCAGGAUUCGAAGGGCACCUUUCGAACUGAGAAGAUGCUUGUUGACUCUUCUUUUUACUAUGGCCAAGAUGGUCAGAGCCUGUCCAGCAAAAGGAGACGUAGCACCUCGAACCAAGACAAAUCCAUGGAGUGGUUUACAAGCAACAAAGAAUGA